AUGGGCAAUACACACUCCAACGCGAACGCCAGGAUGGCGGGCAUCGGCAACCUGGUCGCCGAAGUCGGCAACGACAUCCAGUACGAUAAGGGCAUUGGCAACUCGCGCUUCCUCCGCGCUGUCCGUGCAAGGCACAAGUUCGGUCCCAUUGUAGUCAAAACUUUCGUCAAGCCGGAUCCCUCCAUGAGCCUCAAGAGCCUGGUCAAGCACAUCCGCAUCGAGCGUGAGGCGCUGGCCGAUGUGCCCAACGUCCUCACCUACCAAAAGGUGGUCGAGACCGAGCGCGCCGGCUACCUCAUUCGUCAGUGGCUGCACAGCAAUCUAUACGAUCGGAUCAGCACGAGACCUUUCCUCAGCGCGGUGGAAAAGAGGUGGAUCACGUAUCAAUUGCUGCAUGCCAUGCGCGACGCACACGACCGCGGCAUCGCGCACGGCGACCUCAAGUGCGAAAACAUCCUCGUGACCACAUCGCUCAUGAUCUAUGUCACCGACUUUGCCUCGUCUUUCAAACCCACCUUCUUGCCACUAGAUGACCCGUCCGACUUCAGCUUCUUCUUCGACACCUCCGGGCGGCGGACAUGCUAUCUCGCACCCGAACGGUUUUACGAGGCAGGCUCCAAGUACGCUCCUGCAGCAACGAGGUUAGAUCCGAACGAUGCCGACGCGCUCGACCGUCUCGGCGGGCUCGAAACGGACCUGCUCGGUCUCGGCAGGCAGAGCGGCAAAGUCACCCAAGCAAUGGACGUCUUCUCGCUCGGAUGCGUCAUCGCCGAACUCUGGCGAGAGGGCGCACCCACCUUCACGCUUAGCCAGCUCUUCAAGUACCGUGAGGGGAUGUUCGACGUGGACGCGAUGCUCGCCGGUAUCCCCGACGAUGCAGUGCGAGAUCUCGUCCGAAGCAUGAUCGCGCUGGAUCCGAAGGAGCGAAAGACAUUCGAAGAGUACCUCAAGGACGGUCGUGGCAGUGUUUUCCCGUCUACGAUCCCUGACUUUCUCCAUGGCUAUCUGGUCGAGCUACAGCGCACAAGCCCUGACGGCGUCGGUGGGAGAAACGCAACGGCAGGUACUUCUUCAGUGGAGAGCGUAGCAAGUGGAUCUCAGGCAUCAGUCACAGCGGCCUCAAUGCGAUCGGAAGCAGCAGGUCGACAGGCACAGCGAGCGGAGAGCGACGAACGUAUCGAGAAGCUGUACGAGGAGUGGUCCGACAUUAUCCACUUCUUGGACGAGCCGAUCGAUCGCAGCAGUGCCAACACGCCUUCGACGGGGACAGGCGCAGGCGGCGCAUCGGCACGCUCCAACCGUGUGCUCGGCCGCUUUGCUUUCCAGUCGAGCUUCCAGCAGCCAUCAGCGGGCGAGAUCGCGGAACACGAGCGCUCUACCGCAGAUGGACUGGAUGACGUCUUCCCAGUCCAACUCUGCAUCCCGGGCUUGCCAUCGCAAAGGGCAGAGCUCGAGGCUGGCGGGGCCGAGGUCGAUGGCACCGCCCAGCUCGUCCUGUCCGUCAUCCUCGCCAACCUGCGCAACUGCGUCCGACCUUCAUCCAAGUGUCACGCGCUGGAGCUACUUAUCCAUCUCUCCACCCGCUGGCUCACGGACGAGACCAAACUGGACCGGGUACUGCCCUUCGUCAUAACGCUCUUCGACGAUCCCUCCUCGCAGGUGAGGAUGGCAGCGAUCCGCAGCUGCGUGCAGGUGCUGAUGCUGGUCCGCAUCGUCACCCCCUCCAACGCGUCCAUCUUCACCGAAUACAUCGUGCCCAACAUCAAGCAGCUCGGGCUCGAUUCGUCGACGCCGGUCCGCUGCACCUUCGCCGCUUCCAUCGUCCCCCUCGCAGAAACAGCAGAGCGCUUCCUACAGAUGUCACAAGCCAUGCGGGCCGAGGGCCUCUUUGCGGUCGAGCAAGACCUCAAUGGCGGCUUCCUCGAGGACCAGCCAAGCGAGUCGAACUACGACGAGCAGCUUCGCACCUUUCAGUCCCUACUCCAGGACAUCAUCGUGACGCUCCUCACAGACCCAUCUGCAUCGGUCAAACGUGCGCUUUUAUCGACCAUCGCUCCCCUGUGCCGCUUCUUCGGCAUGGCCAAGACCAACGACGUGAUGCUCAGUCACAUGAUCACCUACCUCAACGACCGCAACUGGCUGCUACGCGAGGCGUUUUUCGACAUCAUCGUUGACGUCGCCGAAGUCUCCGGGAAUAGCAGUUUGGAAGAGUACAUCCUGCCGCUCAUGACGCAGGCGCUGUCGGACCAGGAGGAGAACGUCGUCUAUCGCGUGCUCAACGGGCUGCGCACCAUGACCGAGCGAAGCUUACUCGAUCGCAGCCGCAUGCUGACGCUCAUGGAGACGACCAUCGGGUUUCUGUGCCAUCCGAACCUGUGGCUACGACAGGCGAGCGCGGGGUUGAUCGCAGCAGCUGCGGAGAGGUUGGACGAUGUCGAUGUGUGGGCGGUAUUGUAUCCUUCCUUGCGGCCGUUGUUGCGGGCUGACGUGCAGGAUCUGACAGAGACGGCGCUGCUCGAUAUGGCAAAGACGCCCCUCACAAGAUCCGUCUAUUCCGCUGCACUCGGCUGGGCUUCCAAAGCAUCCAACUCCGCAUUCUGGAAGAGUCAAGCGGAAGACAAGGACAAAGCGGGGCUCAAGAAUGGCCUCGCCACCGAAGGAGUCGGGUUGUUGCUGGGCAAGAGCGGGCGUGGCUUGAUCGCGCCACCGCGAGGCCGCACCGAAGAGGACGAUCGGUUCCGCGACCGACUGCGGAGCAUGGGAAUGGAGGACGAGGACGAAAUUAAGCUCGUUGCCCUUCGCAGCAUCAUUCGACGGCUGUCAAAGCAGGGAUCGAAGGGCAACUCUGGACAGAUGGAGUGGGACGUUCCCGGGGCAAGUAGUGGCGGCAAUGCCAAUGAUGAAGGGCGCACGCAUCCGAAGGCGGUCCUUGAGCCGCAGUCGCUGGACGGCAUCACGCCGCAGACGAUCUUCUUCAGCACCAAGGUCGAGCAGCGAGCGGCCAACGCUGCAUCGGAAAAUGCAAGCACGUACACGGGUACGUUUCGGUCGCAGGACGAUGCCUCCUUCUCUGCUCAAGUGGCCAAGCGAAGGCUGUUGGGCCAUCGCACCUCGAGUGAAAGCUCUUAUACCAGUCCGAUCGCCGAGCUCAGACGACGAGUCAAUGCGGGCACCACCGCGGACACUCAGCCAUCUACCUUCUCGUCGCGGCUCUCGAGCCUUGCAGAGGAGCACGCACAGGGCAAGCACAGCGGCAUCGCCGCGUCCAACGCUCCCGGUCCACUGUCUCAUCAGACGCAGACGAGGCUCGGAGUCGGAAAAGCGAGCGCGGCUGUCGCUUCCACUACUCUCACAGCGACAGGUACAAUGACAGAGACCUCAGCCCGCGCUCGCGCAGCGGCAGCGCAGGGCUCGGCCAAGCCAACCCCCUCUGGGUCACGCGCCUCAACAGUGCGAGGUCAAGGCGGUGCCGGUGGCGACCCUUCCAAACCCACACCCGCCGACGGCACAGGCACCAGCUUCACCUCUACCUACGACGGCCACGACCCGUACAUCCGCGCGCAUCUCGAAGCGGUCUACCUCGACUCGUUCCGGGAUCGCGCAGAACUCGGACCAAAGAUCCACGCCGGUGUUGCGCGUCGGAAGCCACCCACCGCCCACACUCGCACCACGCUCCCGCGCGCACCCAAUUCGACCUCCAAACGUCGACCCGAAGGCCGACUCAUCGCGUACUUCACCGAGCACACGUCUGCCAUCACAUGUCUUGCUCUCUCCCCGGACCAUACAUACUUUGUCUCCGGCUCGACCGACGGCACGUUGAAAGUCUGGGACACUGCUCGGCUGGAGAAGAACGUGACGUCCAAAUCGCGCGCCACCUACUCCGCGCAGAAGGGCGCGAUCACGGACGUCAUUGCGAUCGAGGGGAGUCACUGCGUCGCGUCCACGGCGACCGACGGCAGUUUGCACGUGUGGCGCAUCGAUCUGGUCCAAUCCUCCUCCGUUCCGCGGUAUGGGCGUCCCAAGUUGGUGAGCAACUUCCAGCUCAGCACGCCGGACGAGUAUGCAACGUGCUUGGCCCAGUGCAACACGGACACCUCGAACCAGCUGAUUCUGGGCACGACGCUGAGUCGACUCACGGUGUUGGAUAUGAGGACGAUGCAGGUGCUCCAGACGCUGCGCAACCCGGUCGAGUACGGAGCGAUCACGUGUCUCUGCGUGGAUCGGAAGAAGACGUGGUUACUGGUGGGCACGUUGACUGGUGUUGUGGUUCUGUGGGAUUUGCGGUUCGGGUUGCGGUUGCGGGCGUGGCGGGCGGGCGAUGGGGAGGUGGGCGGGCUGUGCAGGGUCAACAGUAUCGCUGUACACCCGUCCAAGGGACGGGGGAGGUGGGUGAUGGUGGCAUGUGAAAAGGCGGGCGUGCCAGAGGUGGUGGUGGAGACAUGGGAUAUCGAUCGCGGGACGAGGGUGGAGACGUUUGAGACGCAGGAUGGGGCGACGGUGGCGCAGGUGGAGAGGGGGACGAGGUUGAGGCAGAUCGUCGAGGAGACGUCCAAGGAGGGGGAAUCGAUGCUGACCGGCGCAGCUGCGGCGAUUGAGAAGCUUCUCCAGCAGCAGCGGCCGACGACGGCGAAUAUCGACCCAUUCACCCCUCCGGCCUCGACGGGGCCGAGCUCCGCGGUCAAAGCCCUAUUCGUCAGUCUCGAGGGCUAUUCCAGCUCCUCCCCUUCGUCUGGCAAGGGCACCGAAGCGGCGCAAGCAGACGGCGAAGCGGGCUGGCUCGAUGUCGGCGCUCUCGAUCGUCCCUCUUCCACCGCGCAACACGCCACCGGACCCGCCGGCUGGAUGCUCACCUCCGGCUCCGACGCCCGCCUCCGCUUCUGGGACCUGGGCAAACCGGACAGAUCGCUCGUCUUUGGCAUUGCCCCUCGCACCCGUUCCGCACAGACCGCGACGGAACCGCGCUCCGAAUUCUCCACUGUUGCAGGCACCCCGGUGCGAGUGGUGCACAUCAUGACCGACGACGCAGAGGGGGUCCGGCUCAAGAGUCCGUUGUUGGCAAAUCAGUCCGCGCUGUACGCCGGCAUGGCUAAGGCGCACAAGGACGCCGUCACCGAUGUCGUCGUCAUCGAGGCGCCGUUCAGAUGUGUCGUGGCGGGCGAUCGGAGUGGAUGUAUUCGCGUCUGGGAAUGA